AUGGCUGACUCUAUUCUGGAGUUGCUUGAUCCGCAUCUCAACAGCAGCAGCAGUGUUUCGUCGCUGGCAACGUCUCGCCCGCUGCGAGUAUCAUCAACAGAUGCGACAACCACCAAAUACCUCAACCGCCUGACGAGCUUGUCACUCGAACAAAUACGAAAUAGCGAACCUCAAUCAAUAUCUCAAUCUGCGCACUCUACACUGCUGUCCCUCCAGGCAUUGUCCAAUCGCUCCCACAAAGCUUUGAUAUCAUCCUCAGACCAUCUCUCGACUCUUCGAAAUUUGAUCCCCUCGCUAGGCCAAGAUGUCAAGGCUUUACAAGAAAGAAUACCAAUUCUCGAUUCAGAAGCCGUGCGCUUCUCGACUACAUACAGCAAAUCAAGCGAUAACCUGAAUCUAGACCGCAGAAAAAAGGCAAUGCAGCUAUCGCGAAAUGUUGACCGAAUAUCAGAUGUCCUUGAACUUCCAGCCCUCCUUUCGACCGCUGUUUCUACUUCCUCUGCGAAUGCGGGAACGGCUGCAGGAAAUGCAACAUCGGGAAAUUACUCGACCGCUCUCGAUCUUUACUCUCAUAUAAAAAGACUACAAACUCUCUACCCGGAUUCUCCGCUUAUAAAGGACAUUAUAUUGCAAGCCGAAGAUGCCAUGAAGACCAUGACCACGAAUCUUAUAGCCGGAUUAAGGACGCAGAAUAUUCGACUCGCAGCUGCGAUGAGAACAGUUGGCUGGUUGAGACGUGUUGCGCCGGAGCUGGAAAGCCCACAAAGAAGUCACGAAACUGGAACUGGAUCAGGCGAAGGGUCGCUUGGAGCACUCUUCCUCGUUUGCAGACUAGCAAAUCUAGUGUCGACAUUGGAAGCUCUCGACCCUCUCAGGGAACUGGCAGACCAAGAAACUCAGCGAAGGGUUGAAGCGGCGACAGGCGAGCGAGCAGCAUCGUCAAAGUGGUCUGGAGGCCAACAGACAGAGCGGUAUUUGAAAAGAUAUAUCGAAAUCUACCGAGAACAGAGCUUUGCUAUUGUCUCACUAUAUAAGAAUAUAUUCACACCGGAACCGGCUGAGAACGGGUCAAAGCCAAUUACUGUUCCUGGGCUGGAUCUCAAAUCCCUCAACUUAAAAACACAACCACCUGCAAAGCCAACCAAGAAGAUCGAUCUGCUACAAGCACUUCCACCUGCCGUCGCGACAUUCCCAUUGUAUCUGGUGCGACUUCUUACAGAUACCCUUCGCACUUAUCUUCCUAACGUGAAGGACAAGAGUUCACGAGAGAGUCUACUGACUCAAGUCCUGUAUUGUGCAGCCAGUCUUGGGCGAUUGGGCGGGGACUUCAGCAUGAUUCUCACAGAGUUGGAGGAUGAAGAAGUUGAGGAUGAGACAAUCGUCCAUGAAUGGGAGGAGGUGAUGCGCAAACACCGUGCGCUGGCAGGGAGACUUGAGCAACUCACCGGUGGUCAAGCUACUGGAGGCACUACCAAAAGCAUCUUCCGAAUGACCUCCCCGGUGCAUUGA